UACGAGUGAGCGAUGCGACCCCCCCUCCACCCCUCUUUUUGUUUCUCCCGCUUGUCUGCCAACGGGCACGAUCUACGCCGCGUUUGUGGGGGAAGAGGGGAGGGGAUGGGAUAAGUGAGAAAGGAUGUCGCUUGACGGCGACACGGUCCAUCCAGUCGACUGCGGUCGCAAGAAAUACGAGAAUGGUACCCUUUGUGCUACGUCAUGGUUCAACGGUGCCACCUCUCCGGCCUUACCGACUUUCAUGCAAUGGAUGGCUAGGACUCCCGGGUUUAGACUCUUUGAUGGAAUGCUGUGUGGAAAGGCAACUGGCGAUCUUUUGUCAAUGUCGAUGGGACUGGCGAAAAGUUUGACGAUGCUAGGUGUACUUAAACCUGCGUGAUGUUCCUCGUCUAAAGUCUUGAGAUUUUGCAUCACAGCAGCACGCUUCUUCCGUCUCAUCUCAAUUCAUCUCACCUAAUCCCACUUCAUAGUAAACAUAAACUCAUCCUCUCAAAUUAAAGACCCCUCAACCCAUCACAACACUCGUCAACCCUCAAAAUGUACUUCCUUGCCAGCCUCCUACUCCUCGCUCCAGCCCUCGCCUCCCCCAUCGCCCAACGCGAGGAGACGUGCGGCCAAAAAUCAGGCAAGCUCUCUGAGUGGACGCUCACGGGUUUCGACUACCACGCCAGCUACAUCUUCAGCACGCCCUCACACCAGAACUCCUGGGGCUACAUCAGCUUCAACGUCUCCAACCCGGUCCUCGACUACACCGUCGCCUGCUCCGCCGCCAGCAGCCGUCUCAACGACUUCUUCUACGGCGAGCAGGUCUACCAGUGCACGCCGCCCGAGGGCGGGGAGAGCACGGCCACGUCCUUCACGUGGAGCACGCCUGAGAAGGCUGUUGCGUUGAACCAGUCGUGGACUUGUAACGAUGAUCCCAAGUACCCAGCCCGCUACACCGCAAAGGGCGGCGCCGUCGCCGAUCUCCAGUGCGAGGAGACGUUCUGGCAAAACGAUAACUGGACCAUUGGUCAGAUUUACUCGACGCGCAACAUCAACUGCGGCAUCAUCACGCUGCCUACCCCGAUCAAGGAGAUCUCCGCGGUCGCUUAGACGGGACCAGUCUUAAUCACGGUUCACGGAUAAUUAGAGCUCCGGCGCGGGGCUCGAUUCCAUCCGCGCAUAAUCGACGACGCUUUACACGACUUUUACGAUGAUUUGGCUGUUUUGCUUUUACGACACUCCUUUGAUGGAUGCUUCGCACUUUUGCAUAGUUCCGGCGCCUAGAAAACCUUUCCCGGGCAUUGACCUAAUGAUGGGAAGAGGGAUGCUAUUUCGGGAUGAAAAUGGGACACGGAGCAUAUAGAAGCAUGUUUGGAAUAAUUCUAAUGAUCUAAUUCUUCUUCAUAACUGAGUAGACUCACUGAUUGCCUCG